UUCAGCUUUUGUUUGCGAGGCUGAUUCAAUAUGAGGUUUCGUGAAUGAUUGUCGUACAGUGGACUGUGCGGCAGUUGUCAGUAAAACACCACAGCUUUGUGCAAAACCUGCACAUACAAGAGAAAUAAAAGAAACGCAAUGGGUAUCUUUAAAAUCAAGCUGCAAUGAUAUGGAUAUUUAUACUUAGCAUUGAAAUCAAGAAAAAUUCAUUUUCAGGCAGUUGCCAUGAGCAUGGUUUGACGUAAGCACGACUACCCGUGACGUCUUUUGCCAGAGAAAUUUCGCUUCGUUGACUAUAAAACUGGUCUUGUAUUCAAAGCUGAUCGAGCAAUUGCAGAUAAGAAUAAAGGUAUUGGUAGAAGAGAGUCAAUAUUGCAUGCUGGUUUCAUAAUUUAAACUUUAUAGUAAAUGUGGGCAGAUUGAUUGUGUUUACCUGAGGAGGUUUUCUAUUCAUGCACGAAGUACGUAGCAUUGCAAUUGCCUAAAUUUGUCAAAUCUGAUGAUUUAUGAUCCUGUGGUGGAACCGAAACAAUGUAAUAAAUCAAGAAUCGUAAAAAUCAGUCAAAUUUGAAGUAAUAUUUCGGGGCAGGACCGUCCCAAAUUACAGAAGGAGGGGAUGUACGCAGAUAAAAACUAUGCUCAACUCCUGCUGAAGGGGCUAAAUGACCUGAGACAAUGUGGUUCGCUUUGUGAUGUUGAACUUCACGUUGGGGAUCUUGUCUUUUGUGCUCAUAAAGUUGUUUUGUCAGCUUGCAGCAGGUAUUUCAAAGCAAUGUUCACUGGAAAAAUGGAGGAAAGCUUGAAGUACAGAAUUGAUCUGCACCAAGUUAACCCAAAUGCUCUUAAUGACAUCAUAAACUUUGCAUAUACAGGUAAUGUUUCCAUCAAUCAAAGAAAUGUGCAAGAUCUUCUUGCCACUGCUAGGAUGCUGCAUUUAGAACGCAUUGUUGAUGCAUGCUGUGAAUUUUUGGAGUCAAACAUCCACCCAUGCAACUGCCUUGGAAUUUUGAAUUUCUCUGAAUUACAUUCUUGUAAACAGUUAUGGACACGGGCAUUUGAAUACCUAGAGGAUCAUUUCUUGGAGGUUAUAUUAUUUGAUGAGUUUCUUAAGAUUGAUGUGACUUUAAUGGAGAAAAUUUUGAAAAGUGAUAAUCUGAAUGUUUCCUCAGAAGAAGAUGUCAUAAAUGCCCUUGAAAUAUGGAUUUUAUAUGAUGCUGAAAAGAGGAUGAUUCACAUUGCUGACCUGCUAUGUGACAGUGUUCGCAUAUUUCAUCUUGAUACAAGUUAUAUAGCUUCGUAUAUUGUUGAUGGAGCACUUUCAUCAUUUAGUCAACAAUGUAAAAAGAUAUUUACAGAAGUUUUAGCUUUGAAAACAGACCCAAGGCGUAUCAAAGAUAAUAGGCUAGAAACUAUUCCAUCAUGCAGAAGAGAUGCUAAUCAUUUGGUGGUUUUUGGUGGAAAAACUGGGCUGUUUGAUAUCCUCACUUGUUGUGAAGCAUAUAGUGACAUGAUUUAUGAAUGGGAUGUAGUGAGCACUACAACCAGUAAACGAUCAUGUGCAAGUGCUGCUUUGCUAAAUGGGAAAAUUUACCUUGUUGGAGGUCUUGUUCAAAGUGAUUCCAAUACCCAAGAAAGCUGUGAUGGCCGUGUAGAGAUUUUUCAUCCAGUUCCUUCCAAAUGGGAUUUUGCACCCAGUUUGAAAGAGCCAAGAUAUAAUCAUGAAGCAGUAACAUUGAAUUCAACCCUGUAUGUUUUGGGAGGCUACAAUGACCAGCGUUGUUUGAAGUCAGUUGAAUGCUACAACGAGUAUUCCCGCCAGUGGCAAUUCGUGAGGCCAAUGAUGGAAAGUCGAAGCUGUUUUGCUGCAGUUGCCCUUGAUGGCUGCAUUUACGCACUUGGUGGCUUUGGCAGAGUUCAACUAAGUUCAGUAGAAAAGUAUGACACAAAAAGAGAUAAGUGGUCACUUGUGCCUGCUAUGAGUACCGCAAGGAACAAUUUUGGUGCCUGUGUUCUACAUGGAUUCAUUUACGCAGUAGGAGGCCAUGAUGGCGUCACUUAUCUUCGAAGCAUAGAGAGGUAUGAUCCAACUACAAUGGAAUGGUGUUUGGUAACCAUGUUAGAGUCGCCUCGAACUGGCCUUGGAGUUUGUGUCAUGAAGGAAAAGAUUUAUAUUUUGGGAGGUCAUAACGGCUCGAAGUAUCUUAGCUCUGUAAAGACUUACGACCCCAAGUAUGACAAGUGGAAGGACGCUCCAGCCAUGGGGAACGCUCGAUGCUACAUGGCCGCAGUCCCAAUAUGGCUUCGGUAGCAAAUUUUAUACAAGUAGUUUAUAUGUACAUCAAACUCUCUCAAGUGAAUGCCCAGCCUCUAUAAGCGGCCCUAUUAUCUUGUAAAUAGACGCCUUUUUAAUGGACGUCAUCAUCUUCAAAACUCCGCAUCAAAUUCUUCAAACGGGGGUGUUUUUAGGAAAUGCAUUUGACGAUUUUAUCUCAGCGAGAAAGACCGAAGAUCCUCAAAUUUCCAUAAAUAAACUACUGAACUGUACAGUUGUAGUUUCCCUAGAGUCAAAGGGGCAUGCUUUUCCACCGAAUUAAAUGUUGCUGAGGCAAAGAAGGCAAAGAAGGCAAAGAAGCUGUUGCUUCGGGAAUGUUCUCCAGGCACCAUUGCAAACGAUCUUAGUUGCAAAUAAACUGUUACACGAAGACGACUGGGAGAAUUAACUGCACUUCCCCCCCCCCUCAUCUCCCAUUUAAAACCCAGUCUUUGCCAAUGUAACUUCGACAAUCUCUAGUGACACCUAGUAUCAUUCGGAUAUUUAUACUUAACAGGAAUCAUUGGUUUCUAUCAAUUACUUUAUUGGUACCUUAGUGACCAGUUUUGUUUCAUUUUUCUUCUACUUUGAGUACGUCUGUUUGGUGAUUUGUGCUUACCUGAGACGAUGUACAGAGUGCAGAAAAAUAUUUAGAAAAUUGAAAUUCGCAACACUAAAUUUAGCUAUUUACUUGUCGAAAUAAAUUGAAAUAUUGCAUAUCUUAAAGUCGAUCAUGGAAAAGGGUGAGGCAAAUAGAAAUGGAUAUUGUUCGGGAUGACCCGUUCAUUUAUAUUCUUGAAUAUCGGUUAUCAAAAACAGGUCUUAAAUAUGCCAUUUGAAUGCAGCUGAACUUUGUUUUCAAAGUUUAACAUUUAAUCCCUGGCAAAUAUCCUCAAGACGUCUAACGGCCUUGUUUGGUUUUGCAUUUUUUGCUGAUUUUCCAAAUGCUACCACUAAGGAACAUUUUUUCAACAAAAAAUCAUCUUUUCAAUCUGAGGUGAACACAACUCAGUCAUGUGAAAAUUAUUUCCUAAGAGCUAAAAAGACAGGGACAGGGUUUGGAUCCGACCUUAAAAUUACUGUUAAUUUUUUUACAGACUGUGCUUGGGUAAAAACUAUAAACAAAAAUUGCAGAUAGAACGUAAAGGCCAUAGUACACUAUCAACUUCAGGUACAAGCUUCAAGUUUUCCCAGAAUCAUCGAAAACAAAUGAAAGGAAAAGUGUGAAGCCCCUUAAAAAAUGCACGUUUUUGCUUGCAGCUGUCAGUUAAGCAAAGCUUUUAAUCAGAGAUAAUGAAGCUAUUUAAAGGUUCAUUUGAACUUUGUCAAAAUUCUUCCUCGUGAAUCGUCAUUCGAAUAUGAAUUUAACCAAGUGUACUGCAAGUCAGUAUCCUGUCACAGAAAAAGAAUUAUUCUCUGAUCUUGUGCUGGUGGUAUUUCCAUGAAAAAUUUGUGGGAACUCGCAUAUAACGUUAAACUUGAAGACAAAAGAAAUUUUGCAAUCUGAGUGCUUUUAACAACAGUUCUUUAUUUCUAAGCCACAAAAAACCUUUAAAACAUCUGACAAAAUACUAAAUGUUGGUCUGAAGUAGCUAAAGACUUGAAUCAGUUGAUAUCAAUACUCUUGUCCUUGUUUGAAAAUAUUAAAAUAAGACGUAUUAUUUAAGUCUAUUGUAUAAAUUCAUGUAUUUAAGUUAACUGGUGCCGGAAAGAGUUACAAAUAACAUUAAAAACUCUUUAAUCCUUUAAUCGUUGCAAGAAGUUCUGGAAAAAUUGUACUUCAGUCUGUAAAGGUUCAUUGAUCACAAGACUGUUGCAUCUUCCAGAAAAUUGGUGACUUUUAAACAGCGAGUAUGUUCGACACAUGGAAAGGUUAGUGUUACAUGAACUGGCAGUGAGUGCCAUCACAAUGAUUUAGUAUAACGAACUUACAAAACUACCACGCCAAACACGCUUUGUGAACACAUUUAGAAACAACUUCAUUGAAAUUCACAGUAAGGUUAUAUAUUUUGUUGUAUUAUAAAGACAUAGACAGCGACUUAAGAUUUUCCCGGGGGCUGGCUCAAAAUUGAAAUAGAAAUAUUGCCAUACAAAAGGGCUCAUGUCGUUAAAAGAGUGUUCAUGAUGAAUUUCAAUCUUAGUGCAACUGUACUAGAAUGGUACUUUUGAAAGAGAAUCACGACUGCUGAAAGCCCUUUUUAUUUACAGUUUAUCUAAUAAGAUUAUAAAUACUUCUAUCUUGUUGUUCCCCAAAAGUUUGUUGUUGUGAUUUCUCUCUCUUAAUGUGAACCCUCUCUAGGAAUUCCUCAGCAGACUCGAGCAUCCAAGACCCCAUUUAGCUGGCGCCUAUGCAAAAAUGAAUUAUUUGUACGUGGCUCCACAA